UCGAUACGUUGCACUCGAUUUAUUUAUCAGUUAGUUUACAUCGAAAAGGUCAUAAAAAAGAAUAAAAUGAAAAUCGUAUAAAUUUUCAAUCAUCUCCGCAAAUAAACUGUGAUUUGCAAAAUCAAACUGAUUUAAAAUAGCGUGAAUUAGGCGUUUAGUUACGUGAAGUAAAGUCAAGCAGCGUUUUCCAACACCUGCGUCCCGCAGUUGGAACGUUUUCCAACAAAGUUUUGUGCCCCGUAAAAUAAACAAAUAAUAACCAAUUACUACCACAACAAUGAACAAACUAAAGUCCAGCCAGCACCGUGAGAAGGUGAAGAAGUUUAUAUCUCUAACACAUACAGGCGAACAGACUGCGAUCUUUUGCCUGCAACAGAGCGACUGGAAGCUAGACCUGGCCAGCGAUAACUACUUCCAGAAUCCCGAGUACUAUUACCGGGAGCUCGACCGCAAACGCAUCGAGCAGCUGUUCGUGCGCUAUCGCGACCCCAGUGAUCCGCUCAAGAUCGGUUCGCAGGGCGUGAUACACUUUUUGGAAGACCUAGACCUGAAGCCAGACUCCAAGCUGGUGCUGAUCAUUGCGUGGAAGUUCCACGCCGAGGUGCAGUGCGAAUUCUCCCGGGAUGAGUUCAUUAACGGAAUGUGUGAUCUGGGAAUUGACAGCAUCGACAAGCUGAAGGCCAAGUUGCCAUUACUGGAGCAGGAGUUGAACGAUGCCGGCAAGUUUAAGGACUUUUAUCACUUCACCUUUAACUACGCCAAGGAUCCGAGCCAAAAGGGCAUCGACCUGGACAUGGCCAUUGCCUACUGGUGCAUUGUGCUCAGCGGGCGCUUUAAGUUCUUGGACAUCUGGUGCCAGUUCCUCGAGGAGAAGCACAAGCGUGCUAUUUCGCGGGACACCUGGAACCUGCUGCUGGACUUUGCCACCAACAUCGACGACCGCAUGAGCAAUUAUGAUUCGGAGGGCGCCUGGCCGGUGCUCAUUGACGACUUUGUCGAAUGGUGCCAGGAGAAUAACCAUCUGAAGGAGGACCCAUCAUCGCCUGGAUCCGGCUUCCAGCAGCAGUCCAGCUCGAGUUCUAGCUCCCAGAAGAACAUAUCCAGCGCGUACCAGACCUCGCACAGUACAAACAUGAAUUAUGGCUAACGAAUUGUUACAACCUAUUGUAUUCUCAUUACCGAUAGAUUUGCUUUUAUCUUGAUUAUUCUAAAUAACGGAGAUACUAAGCAAGGCCGAUAAAUUUACAUUUUCUCUAUAAAAGCGUCGUCAUAAAUAA